CCCGCGGCCCCUCUCCCCCCCUCCCCGACACACACACACAGGCCGGGCAUUGAUGGUAAUGUAUGCGAGGAAACAGCAGAGACUCAGUGAUGGCUGUCACGACCGGAGGGGGGACUCGCAGCCCUACCAGGCUCUUAAAUAUUCAUCAAAGAGUCACCCCAGUAGUGGCGAUCACCGACAUGAAAAGAUGCGAGACACCACAGAUCCUUCACCACCAAAUAAAAUGUUGCGACGAUCUGAUAGUCCUGAAAACAAAUAUAGUGACAGCACAGGUCACAGUAAAGCAAAAAGCGUGCAUACUCACAGAGUUAGAGAGAGAGAUGGUGGGACCAGUUACUCUCCACAAGAAAAUUCACAUAACCACAGUGCUCUUCAUAGUUCAAAUUCACAUUCUUCUAAUCCAAGCAAUAAUCCAAAUCCAAGCAAAACUUCAGACGCAUCUUAUGAUUCUGCAGAUGACUGGUCUGAACACAUCAGUUCUUCUGGGAAAAAGUACUACUACAACUGUCGAACAGAAGUUUCACAGUGGGAAAAACCAAAAGAGUGGCUUGAAAGAGAGCAGAGACAAAAAGAAGCAAGUAAAAUGGCAGUUAACAGCUUCCCAAAAGAUAGGGAUUACAGAAGAGAGGUGAUGCAAACCACAGCUACCAGUGGGUUUGCGGGUGGAAAAUCUGCAUCAGGAGAUAAAUCUGUAUCCCAUUCUUGCACAACUCCUUCCACAUCAUCUGCCUCUGGACUAAAUCCCACUUCUGCACCUCCAACAUCUGCUUCAACAGUUCCUGUUUCACCUGUUCCACAGUCACCAAUACCUCCAUUACUUCAGGACCCAAAUCUUCUUCGACAGCUGCUUCCUGCUUUGCAAGCCACCUUGCAACUUAAUAAUUCUAAUGUGGACAUAUCUAAAAUAAAUGAAGUUCUAACAGCAGCUGUGACACAGGCUUCUCUGCAGUCUAUACUCCAUAAGAUUCUUACUGCUGGACCAUCUGCUUUCAAUAUAACUUCUUUGAUUUCUCAAGCUGCACAGCUUUCUACACAAGCUCAGCCAUCUAAUCAGUCUCCCAUGUCUUUAACAUCUGAUGCCUCAUCCCCAAGGUCAUAUGUAUCCCCAAGGAUAAGCACGCCUCAAACUAACACAGUUCCUAUUAAACCUUUGAUAAAUACACCUCCUGUAUCGUCACAGCCAAAGGUUAGUACUCCAGGUGUUAAGCAAGGACCAGUCUCACAGUCUGCCUCUCAGCAGCCAGUAACUGCUGACAAGCAGCAAGGUCAUGAACCGGCCUCUCCUAGGAGUCUUCAGCGAUCAAGUAGUCAGAGAAGUCCAUCUCCUGGUCCAAAUCAUACUUCUAGUAGUAAUGCAUCUAAUGCAACAGUUGUACCACAGAAUUCAUCUACCCGACCUACAUGUUCAUUAACACCUACCCUAGCAGCACACUUCAAUGAAAAUCUUAUAAAACACGUUCAAGGAUGGCCUGCAGAUCAUGCAGAAAAGCAGGCAUCAAGAUUGCGGGAAGACGCUCAUAACAUGGGAAGUGUUCAUAUGUCAGAAAUUUGUACUGAAUUAAAAAACUUAAGAUCUUUAGUCCGAGUAUGUGAAAUUCAAGCAACUUUGCGUGAGCAAAGAAUGGAUAUUACUCCAAGGAAACAUGCAAAAAUUGUAGUUCUUAAAGAGCACACUUCAAUGACUGUUAGAUAUUGCAGCUGCUAUUGAUGUGGGGAAGUCAACAUUUAAAUGAUCAUUCAAGUCUACAAUGAAACAAGAUCAGUUACAUCAAAGCACAAAGGAAAAUGUCAUCAAAAACAAAGUACAAUGCCAAGAACUGACAAACUAUUGUUGAAAAACAGUUUGAUUAAUUCUCAGAAAACAUGCAAAGACCUUCAGAGAAGCAUGGCGACGGAAGGGCUUGUCAUUGAUAUCUUUACAGUACAUCAUAGGCUUCUUGAAGCUAGAAGAAUUAAUGAGAAGAUCAGUUUUUUUUUAAAUUACCAAUUUAUAUUUAUCAUUGUGGUGAAAGAAAAAAACAACAACCUCUUGUCAGAGGCAAGACAUAAAGACUAGAGAACCGAAGGUUGAAAAAAGAUUGAAAAUUUUUACUGAUGAAACUCACAAUUUCAUUCAAGCUUGUGCCAGAACUCUUUGUCAGAAGACAUCCAGAUAGUCUAUAAGAUCAGGGCAUCUUCAUCAGACUAUAAAAUAUCCACCUCCCAAAAAAGUUUUGGGGAUUUUUUCUUUCCAGUGCUCCUGGAAAUCUUGUUACUACCAUUGAGAGAAUGAUGAAGUCUGAUGUAUUCAUGUGUCGAGAAGCAGGAUUAUGAUAAUUUCCUAAUGGAGAUGGAAUAUUGCAACAUUGCAUUUCAUCAUGCUAAGAGAUGGAGAUAAACAAGCUUCAGUGGCCUGGGAACUUGCCUGAUUUAAACUCCAUUGAAAACUUAUGGGAUAAAUAUAAUCAAGGCUAGACUUGGAAAAAUGGAUUGUUCAUCAAAGGUAUGCUUAAUAUCCAAUGUGAUAAAAGUGUCGUUUCAUGAUGAAGAAUUAAGGAAUAUAUGUCAAAAUCUUUUGAAUCCCAUGCCCAGUCAUAUAAUUGAUUAUGGCAAGUUAGGAUAUAUUGCAUAUUACAUUCUUACAUUUAAAGUUGUAAAAAGUUGUAAGGUAUAUGUAUAAGCCAAUAAAUUCAAUUACUUUACUUUGUCCCUGCUAAUUUGUACAUUAUUGUACUGCUAUGCCACUAAGAAUAUUGCCUCUUUUAUUUUUAUGUGACUUAACACAAAAUAAACAUUUCAUUAAGCAUGUUGUCUGUCUUGCACAGCAACUUUAUGAAAUUUUUCAAGGUAAGUACAUGUUUUCAUUAUUGAACUAGGCAAUGUGAAUAAUGCUAUUUUAAACUUCCUGCCAAUUUUAGAGUGAGGAGAACCCAUGUAAUACUUUACUCCAUUUCUCAUGUGUAUACUUGACUAUAAGCUACAUUUAUAGAGAUUUGUUUAAGGUUGUAUUUGUAUUAGAAAACUUUGUAAAGUCCUUUUCAAAUGUAAAAUUUAAUGAUUCUGCAAUUAAGACCACUGUUCACACCGUUUUUGAACUUCAGGUUCCCAAAGAAUAUUAGGUAAUGUACAAUAAAGUUUUGUUCAUUGGAAAAAAAUGCUUAUAGUAAAACAAAAGCAGACUUUUUUUAAUUUGCUGUAUUCGUGUGUUGCUUUAAGUCAGUGAAACACUCUGGAGGAGUUCCAUUUCUUAUCAUGGAACACUGAAGAAGCAUAUUGCAGAAACACAUGUGCUAUUUAUGGUUAACUGAGGAAAGAAUGAGAUUUCAUCCUAAGUACGGAAUCUUCUGGCUAUGCAUUUUGGCAGAGAGUUUGACACUUGUGAAAUUAGUCCUAAUUUGCAUCACUAUGUCAUUUUCAUAAAAUAGGGACAGAAAUAAUGUUAGUUCUUAAUUUGUAGUAAUUAUAAUGUAAAACCUCAGUUAACUAGGAAUUUUUCAUUGAAGUUGCUAUACUCUUUUUCAGAUAGAACUAAAUUUCUGUUAAGGUUGUUUCAUUUGAUUUUUUAGAAAUGGAGUAUUUAGUAUUUAUUGCAUCAUUUCAGGGACUGAGGAAGAUUUACAAAGGACUUUUAUGUAACUUCUACCUUUAUUAAGCUUUGUUGAGAUAAGAUGUAUAGACAUGAAAUAAAUAACAAUACUGCCCAAUAAAUAACUGCCCAAAUGAGUGUUUACAGAUGAUAAAUGACACAGGAACUAAAAGGAGUUGGUCAGUAUGGGCCAGAUUUCCAAGGUGUGAUGGGAAUUUAGUUAUGGUACUGUUACGUCAUUAGGGACAUUCCCCCAUAUUUAUACGUAGGAUUUUUUUGGUCAGUGUCAUGUCUUCUCUUUUCCCUCUCCACAGCAGCCACAGAACUGUUCCCACCAGCCAAGGGAACAGGCAUGUAUGUCUUGUACCAUGUAGCCCAUCUGUAAAAAAAAUUGCAACCUUUGCACUGGAUUCUCAACCCUGAUAUCUAGGUGUACUUGCACUCCCAAGAAAAGGUGUUUGACGUUACAGGCGUCUCCAGGGACUAGACACUGGUGAACCAGGUGGUCUUCCUUGGGAAAGGGGCAGAAAAGAUUGUUGCUUUGUUGUUUUUUAUUUUUGUUGAUUUUAUUACUAUUAAAUUCUGUAUUGUUUCUCUCCUUUAUUCAUUGAACCAUUUGUUGUAAUAAAGAAUAAGAAAAAAAAAGAAGGAAAGUUGGUGAGCUGCUGUUUGGUUUCUUUUUUUUCUAGCUUUGCAAAGAGCCCCCCAAAAUUAAAACCACCUGCUAUUACCCCUGUCACCCUCAUCUCUUCCUCCUUCCAAAUGUGAAGAUAUGGGAUUUUUGGGAAGGAGUUUCAUCCUUCAGUUAGUUCUGUAUGGAUAAGAAAACAAAGGCAAUUCUACAUAAUUUAAAGUAUUGAAGUAAAUUAGGGAAGACUAUGGAUUAUAACCCAAGAAAAGACUCAGCCUCUAGGGCAUGACUCCUGAUUUUUGUGUCAUGGAUCCCUUUGUCAGUCUGAUUAAGUUUAUUGAUCUUUUGCGUAAUGUCUUUAAAUUAUUGAAAGAAAUGCAAAAAAAAAAAAAAAAAAAAGAAAUAGUAAAUUUCAAUUAGAGAUUAGUGAAAAUAGAGAGGGUUCCCUGAAAUCUAUCCAUGGGUCCAACAUGUCUCCUUUAGACUCAUACCUCUUAAUAAAAAGGAAUAGCUUUUUUUUUUUUUUUUUUUUUUUUUUUCCCUUAGAGAAAUUUAAAGCCAACCAAGGGAUUAAGGGAUUGUCAGGGGUACAUUUGCCCAUAGAAGGUUUGAGGUUUGGGGUUUGUGUGUGUGUGUGUGUGUGUGGUUUUUUUUUUUUUUUUUUGCCUUUUUAAAAGUCUUACCAUAGCAUAAGAUGCAACAAUAGUCUUUCUUUGCAGCUUUUUAUACUACACAAUGUAAUUGAAUUUCUGAAAACACAUGAUUUAUUGUAAAAAUAAUGAUUUCUUUAUAUUGACUUAUCUUGUAUUUAAGAUAGUUGAGGAGGCUAAUGAUUAUGUUAUUAUUAACUAUAACCCAUUCUUUGAGCAUCACAGUUUCAUAGUUGCUAAGAUAGCUUACUUUUACUGUUUCUAUAAUAACUCAAAAUGUUAUAAUAUGGCAAAUUGAUUUAUCUUAGAUUCUCAUGAUUCUGGUGUUUUGAAGUAUAUUGUUUUUUCCAUUAUAUUCUUAUAUUCUGUGGUAUUGCAGUAUAAUUCAUUUUUAAGAAAGCUGUUUGAUUAUCUUGGUACCAACUUUUGUCUUCAACAUAGGAAAAUGUUGUAUGGAACAUCUAUCAAAUUGUUUUUACACUUUAAAAAACUUAGAUCAGGCAACUAAUUACAUAAUUAUAGUUAAAUUUUGUUACCUUGUUAUAUUCUUUGGCUGGCAGAUUUUUUCUGAUGUUAGUGUAUGAAACAUGUAUAUUCACAGAUAAGUUUUAUUUAUAAUUCAAAGAUUAAAAGAUGUAGCUAAUUUGACUAAUGUUGUAUUUGGGAAAUA